AUCAUCUCCUCCCGCAAAGCCGCGCGGAGCAGCAGAGUCUCUCCUCCAGCGUCAGCUUUCUGAAUGUGACGGCUACUCAGAGCCAGAGGUAGGGAUAUAUCUUAUUGAUGCUCUCCUCCUAAUGUGACUAUUUCAUAUACGACUUCUUGUGAAACCGGCGGGGAAAAAAAUGGGAGCCUUUGGAGUGAUAUUAAGGAUUUUACAGUACGCGGGACUUUACGUUCAACUUAACGCAGCGCUCAUCGUCGGACACGGCGAUGUGGAUAAUCACAUCUCUGGAAACGCACUCUUUACAGAAGUUCCACAUGACAUCACGACACAGAGCGGUGAGGAUGUAGAAAUGGCUUGUUCCUUCCGUGGGGCGGGCUCACCCUCCUACUCCCUCGAGAUCCAGUGGUGGUACAUCAAGGACCACAGCAGCCGGCAAGCGAAGACGUCCCAGAUCACUAAUGAUAUUUUACCCCUGGAGAAAACAUCAAAAGAUGCCACCAAAAUUAGCGUUGUAAAAGUUGCCGGCAGCAACAUCUCCCACAAGCUCCGCCUCUCCAGUGUCAAGCCAUCAGACGAGGGCACAUACGAGUGUCGAGUCAUCGACUUCAGUGGCACCAAAGGACAACAACACCACCGUGUUCGGGCUUACCUCCAGGUGGAGCCUGAGAGGAGACAGGGCAUACACCACCAGCAGCAGCAGCAGCCACAGCACCAAACUGAGGGCAUGGGCCUGAAGAGGAGAUCAGCCAGCAGCACCACUGACUGUACCGAGAGCUGCCUGAUUUAAAGAGGAGGGUCUGCCAUCUGUCUGCAUGUUCAAGACAUUUCUCUCCAAUAAGGGACUGUCAUCAACACACACACACACACACACACACACACACACACACACACACACACACACACACACACACACACACACACACACACACACAUCAACACAGAGACGAAGAGUCGGACAAAACUGGACACUUUGUAUUUAAUAUCAAAGCUAACUUUAAGUUUUUUUUUUAACAGAGAGAAAGGACGGUUUCCUUUGCAAUGUGCCAGUUCUUACACAAGCAAAAGCCAAAAGCUGCAGUCUUUCAAUGUAAAUGCUUUUUAAAGGAAUAAAGAAUGAAUUCAGCUUUUUUUUUCCUACAUCUAAUCUUUUCAAAGCACAUUGAUUUCAUCCAUGUAAUCUAUGUUUAAACAAUGUACUUAACUUUCUAUAAGACUACUGGAAUGUUUGCGAUAUAAAAAAUAUAUGCUUUCGUCACAGUUAAAAUAUAUAUUCUUGUGUACAUUCUUAAUCAGCAACGUAGACUUUUAUUAUCAUUCAAGUAAAUUAAACUCUGUGCUACUAAACCAAAUGACUCCAGAGACAUAAGUACAUUAAUCUCUUCAAACUUUUGUCGCCAUUUUCUCAACCACAGUCCUAACUUUUUAUUCUUUACUUUCAUGUCUUUGUCAUUUGAAUCCCUUAACUGUGUUUAAG